AUGCUUCUUCCCUCAUUCCUCGGAACAGUAGUCGCCCUCGCAGCCACCGCCGCCGCAUUCGCAGGCUGCACCGACUGCUCCAACAAUUCUACAGAACCCUACAUCGACGUCCCAGCACCAUGGACCCUCAAAGGCACAGUGUACUCGACCUUCCUCCUGCCAGGCUUGGGGAUCCCGCUCGAUGGCAAAUUGCCCGAGAAAGCAUUCCCGCCACGGGAACGCCAGUUCCCGGAGUCGAUUGAAGGCAAUUAUACUGGCAAAAUCGGCAUCAUCCAGGUCGUACACUAUAGCGAGAGUCCAGUGGGGCCAUAUGAUGAGAUGUUCAUCAUUCCGGGGUUCUUUGAACAUGAAAAGGGUGGCAAAGUCGUGGAGAAUUUGAGGGCUAGUAGGAUUCAUGUUAGUCAUAAGUAUGUGACUUGGACAAGUAGGAGGAAUUGGAACCAACCCAAACACAUCGCCCGCUUCGACUGGACGAGCAGCCAAGACGGCUCCGAAAGCGUCAAGAUCUACCCCUUCGACACCACCGGCGACUCAUCGGAAUCACACCCCUCGAAGAAACCUUGGUUCCGGAUGACAUUCUCCCCCCUCCUCCUCGAGAACCUCCUAGGCCUCAACCUAAACCUCCUCAGCCUCCUCUCCCUCGAAGGCCUCAACCCGAAAAUCCCCUUCAACUUCGACCUGAUAGAUUCCCUCGGAAUCGACUUGACGCUCGUACAACCUCCUGUCCCCCACGGCAACGAUACCUUUGGCGCCAUUGUGGAAGGAGGUAAAACGUGGAAGAGUGUUGUGCCGGGACAGAAGAGUGCGAAGACGAGUGUAGGGACGAUGGAUCUGGAUCAGAGUGGUGGUGAUGGAGAGGAUGAGGGGGAGAAUGCGGUGGGGGAUGAGUUUGAGCGGAAUUUCUGGCCGGGGAUGGGGAGGUAUAGUGUGGGGUUGAAGAUGGAGGAGACGGAGUUGGGGUUUGGUGAGGCGGAAGUUUGGGAGUAG